UAAAGAUAAGGAUGAAAUUUAUUAAAAUAUUUUAGGUGUUUAAAUACCCGCCAGUUGCUUCAUCCUGGAGCAAUUGACUGUGCUUAAUACCCUGUGAUCACAUUAUUUGGAGAUGUCAGAAGCUAGACAUAUUGUGAGUAUUACUUCAAUUCGGUCACGGACUGGAGAACAUAUUCAUUCGGUUCUUUCGAAUAAAUCGGAAUUGAGAGCCAUUACAAUUGACCCCAGUCAAGCUCAUGACGAAGAUGAUUUGUUAGCUGAAAUUGGGUACAAACAAGAGCUCAAACGUGAGUAUAGUACGAUCCAAAUAUUCGGGAUUGCCUUUUCAAUUAUGGGCCUUCUUCCAUCAAUUUCAUCAACCAUCGGAUCCGGUCUUGAAGCUGGACCAGUGGGGUUGGUAUGGGGCUGGUUUACCUCAAGUUUUUUCAUCCUAUGUGUUGGUAUUUCAAUGUCUAUUCUAUCUUCAUCCCUUCCAACUCUGGGUGGGUUGUAUUACUGGACAAAUUAUUAUGCACCAGAUUCGAUUAGAGUCCCACUUAGUUUUGUAAUUGGUUGUUCGAAUACCCUUGGGUUGACUUCUGGAUUUUGUUCCAUUAACUAUGGCUUUGCAUCUGAGCUUCUUGCGGCAAUCUAUAUCAAUCGUGAUGGUGAUCUCAACAUAACAAACUCAAUUAGAUACGGAGUAUUCGCAGCCACAUGCAUAUCACAUAUUAUUGUAUCAAGUAUUGCAUCUAGGCAAACUGCAUGGUUGCAGACAUUUUCUAUAAUCAUUAAUCUUUUCGUAAUUGCCCUAUUCUUAAUUGCGGUUCCAAUUGGGGCUGCAAGAGGUAUUGGGUUCAACAGUGGACAUUACAUAUUUGGUGAACUUUUGAACGCAAGAACUUGGUCCCCUGGAUGGUCGUUUAUGCUUUCUUGGAUGCCAGCAAUUUGGACAAUUGGUGGAUUUGACUCUUGUGUCCAUAUGUCUGAAGAAGCGCGGAACGCAACAAGAGGGGUUCCAAUUGGAAUAAUAGGGUCAAUUAUCACGUGUUGGGUCCUAGGUUGGGCUAUCUGUAUCGUUUCUUGUGCUGUUAUCAAGGAUGGGGAUGUAGAAGCCGUGAUAACUACAGGAUCAGGUCAGGCCAUGGCUCAGAUUAUUUACGAUGCAUUGGGCAAAAAGUGGGCUGUUGCAUUUAUGUCGCUUAUCGCUUUUGCUCAAUAUUUAAUGGGGGCCUCAAUUUUGACGGCUUCAUCUAGACAAAUUUGGGCUUUUGCAAGAGAUGAUGGUUUGCCAUUCCACAAUUUUGUGAAAGUUGUUAAUCCUACUCUUAAAGUCCCCUUGAGGGCUAUUUUAUUUGGUGGUACAUUAGGUUUACUUUGUGGGUUAUUAAUUCUAAUCGGACCCGUUGCUGCGAAUGCAUUAUUUUCAUUAUCCGUUGCGUCAAAUGGCUUAGCUUGGGGAAUGCCUGCCUUUUUGGUAUUGUUACCACACGGACUGAAACGAUUUAGACCAGGUUAUUUUUAUUUAGGGAAAAUAGGAACAACGGCAAUACAUGCAAUCACUUCCAUUUGGAUUGCAUACGUUAUCUUUAUGCUGAUGUUCCCUGAUGGCAAAUCGGUUGAUAAGAAUACGAUGAACUACACUUGUGUCAUUAAUGUCGGAUUAUGGAUUCUAUCUUUGACAUACUAUUUUACUUUUGGCUACAGGUUCUAUUCUGGUCCAAAAUCUAAUCUUGAUGACUCCUCAUCUAGUAUUGAAGUGGAGAAUAUUGAUGUUGUUCUCGGAGAGAAGGAAAGCUAAACUCUGCCACAUUCUAUAAAAUAUCUACAAUAUAUGUGUGCCAUGCCUACACAACAGUUACCGCUAGUGGAGAAUUUUUCAAUGUUUGAGGAAAUAAACCCACAUUUAACGCCGUAUAUAUAAUUGUUUUCCCGCUAAUUAUUUUGUUAUCUUAGCGCGCGCCCGCUGGCGGAUUACCUAAUUAGGCCGUACGGGAUGAGAUAGGUUGCCAAUCUCCAAUUUGACGUACUAUGUAUAAAUGCCUAAAGCAUCCCUUUACAUCGUCGACAGUGUUUUUACUUUUUC